GUUCAUAAACCCUAACUUGUUUUCCUUUCCUCUUCGUUACCACAUUUUUUUUGCAGGUACAAGCAGCCGUCGCCGUCAUGGGUAUAGAUCUUGUUGCUGGUGGAAAAAGCAAGAAGACCAAGAGAACUGCACCUCGGUCUGAUGAUAUCUACCUUAAGCUUCUCGUCAAGCUUUAUCGGUUUUUGGUGAGGAGGACAGGAAGCAACUUCAAUGCGGUGAUCCUGAAGAGGCUUUUUAUGAGCAAAGUGAACAAACCGCCAAUUUCUCUCUCUCGCUUGAUUCGUUACAUGUCUGGCAAGGACGACAAGAUUGCUGUGAUUGUUGGUACAGUCACCGAUGAUGUCAGGGUGCAUGAAAUCCCUUGUAUGAAGGUCACUGCUUUGAGGUUUAGCGAGACUGCAAGGGCUAGGAUCGAGAAGGCUGGCGGAGAAUGUUUGACUUUUGAUCAACUUGCUCUCCGAGCUCCUCUUGGGCAGAACACGGUUCUACUUAGAGGUCCAAAGAAUUCCCGUGAAGCGGUGAGGCACUUUGGAAAGGCACCUGGUGUGCCACACAGCCAUACGAAGCCAUACGUGCGAGCCAAUGGUAGGAAAUUUGAGAAGGCUAGAGGACGAAGAAACAGCAGAGGCUUCAGAAACUAAUCAUUCAUCAUCAAUGGUGGGAGUGCUUCAAGUGAUGGUUAACUUCUAUAAUCUUGCUUCUAUGCUGCUGUCUUUUUGAAUUAAGAUAUGAUGAAAAUUUUGGUGUUAGCAUCUUUCCUUUUUUGUAGCAGGGAGUUUUGAGUUCUAAAUUAUCAUAUCCACAUUUCUUGAAUGGAGAUUAAAUUUGAUAUUUUGGUUGCUA